AUGGUGAGUCGUCUUCUACAAGUCGAUGGAGACCUUGUCCGUACCAAAGGAAAAGAGGGUAUCACUCCUUUGCAUUAUGUAGUAGUAGUAGAUGAUCAACUUGAUCUAUUGGCUGAAUUUUUAUCAGUCUGUCCCGAUUCUAUUGAAGAUGUGACAACUCGAAAUGAGACUGUUUUGCAUAUAGCUUUGAAAUAUAAUAAGUUGGAGGCUUUUAAAUUCUUGGUGGAAUGGAUUAGACACAAAAGCUCUAAGAAUUCCAUAUUUUGGGAGAGGAAAAUCUUGAAUUGGAAGAACGAGGAAGGCAACAUUGUGUUGCACAUUGCAAUAUCCAAGAAUCAACCCGAGGCUGUGAGGUUGUUAUUAAAAUCUGGUGUUGAUAUAAACGCAAAGAAUUUAAUGGGUCAUACAGCAGGUGACAUCUUGGCAGAACAAACACAGGUAGAAAACAACAACGAGAUCAGGGUUAUGCUACAGCAUGCUGGAGCUUUGUUAGCUAAUUCAUCUCUUCCUGAUUAUAAUUAUUCACGUUACCUACGUUCCAUAGUCUCAUCUCUUGAGGAAUCACUAAUACGCUGCUCUCGUGAAUGGGGGAUGAUAUCAGAGGACAAACGCAAUGCACUUCUGGUGGUUUGUACACUGCUUAUAACAGUGACCUAUGAAGGAGUACUCAACCUUCCUGGGGGAAUUUGGCAAGAAGAUCGCUCCAGUAAACAUGGAAUCCAUAAGUCCCAUGCCAUGAUUGCAGGGACUCCCAUUGGCCUUAGGCUUCUUCCCUUUUGGUUGUUCUUAGCUUCAAAUUCUGUGACAUUUAUGUUCUCAUACUCAUAA